AUGCCAAGUAAACAAACUCACAAUGAUGUUAUUGCGAUUGAAGAGUUGGUUAAUGAAAUAAAACAGAAUUUGCGGUUGAAGGCAGCUCCACCGUCAACCACUGGAGCAACUCAAGCCCUUCACUAUCCGCUUCUUCAACCAACCGUCAACGAACAGUUCCUACAACAACCGAAAAAUAUAAAUCACCCGCCACAGCAACAGUUAGUAAUCAAGAAACAACGAUCUCGUCCAUCACCAUAUCACAUACCAUGCAGGUCGUGGAGUGAGACUUCAACGGUGCAGAAGCAGAGAAGUCAUCUACAGAAGACAUCUUGCAAGAAUGAUGAGAACAACAUUGAAGAUCCAUACGAACUUCUUCAAUCACUCUUGAAAAACAACAGUCUUGUUAAAGAAGCGGUAAGGCGUCUUCAACUCAAUAAUGCCACCGCCAGUGCAUAUUCCCGCAAACAAAAUUACUUUUAUGAUAGCGAUGAAGACAACAGAUCACCGAUCGUUAUGAUGUGUCAAUUAGAAUCUUAA